GGAAAAAGACAGCCGAGAGAGAAACGAUAGACGAUCGCACCAAAUUUUCCCCAAAAAGAUUUUACGUUCGUCGUGUUCUUGGUUUCUUGAUUACACACCUUUUAUUUCUUCUGAAGAAUGAUUUAAUUAAUGGAAGCUGGAUUCUUCUUUUGCAAAAAAAUACACAAACAUUACGUAGUAAGGUGACUGUGCGCUUCGACUUUUGCUUCACAAUCUAAAUGAGUUUCCAGGUACUCGGCAGCACUUCCGUUGCACAGCCUCCGCCGCCAUUGCCAUCGUCUCUUGUCUCCAGGAGCCGCAUCCCAGCCCAUGCUUACACUCAACCCACAAUCCUCUUGGAGCUCUGCAUUUCCACAAAAGAGCUCCGCCAAAUGCUCCCUGUCGCGAUCAAGAACGGCCUCUACAACGACCACCUCUUCCAAACCAAGCUGCUCAGCCUUUUCUCUAAAUUUGGCAGCUUCAACGACGCUGUCAAAGUCUUUGAAUCCGUCAGUAGCUCCAAACCGGAUGCUCUGUACCACACUAUGCUCAGAGCCUAUACCAGUCACUCCUCUUUGGAGUCUUGCGUCUCCUUCUACUCUCGUAUGAGGUCCGACAAUGUCGAUCCCGUUGUACAUGACUACGCGUAUUUGAUCAAGGCCUGCGCACAAAGUUCUGAUAUUCGGAAGGGUAAACAGAUACACGGGCAGUUGAUUCUGAAUGGCUUUUCGAGCAAUCUGUUUGCUAUGACUGGCGUUGUGAAUCUAUAUGUGAAAUGUGGGCUGCUGGAAGAUGCGCUCAGACUGUUUGAGAGAAUGUCUGAGAGGGACUUGGUGGCUUGGAACACAGUUAUUGCUGGGUUUACGCAGAAUCGGAUGCCUAAGAGAGCGUUGGAAGUGCUUUUGAGGAUGCACAGGGAAACAUCUCAUAGGCCUGAUUUGAUCACGGUGGUUUCAAUUUUGCCCGCCUGUGCGGCUACUGGAUCCUUGAGGAUUGGGAAAUCCGUACAUUGUUAUGUCCUAAGAAACGGGUUGGUAUCUUCUGCAAAUGUUUCAACUGCUCUGGUGGAUAUGUAUGCAAAAUGUGGCUCUGUCAGUGCUGCAAGGUUGGUCUUUGAUAAGAUGGGUCUUAGGACAGUGGUUUCAUGGAAUGCUAUGAUUGAUGGGUAUGCACAAAGUGGGAAUUCAAAUGAAGCUCUUGUUUUGUUUCAAAAUAUGCUAAAUGAAGGAUUGAAGCCAACCAACGUCACUGUCAUGGCUGCUCUACACGCAUGUGCUGAAUCUGGGAAUAUCGAGUUUGGGCGAAACAUUCAUGAAAUGAUUGAUCAAUUAGGACUUUGGGCAGACUCUUCCGUUGUUAAUACUUUAAUCUCAAUGUAUAGUAAAUGCAAACGAGCCGACAUUGCUUAUGGAUUGUUUGAGAUUACUACCAGAAAGACGCUUGUAACUUGGAAUGCUAUGAUUUUGGGCUUUGCACAAAGCGGAAAAGUAUUGGAAGCCAUACAUCUCUUCUGCAAAAUGCAACUGCAGAACAUCAAACCUGACUCAUUCACUUUGGUUAGUGUUGCCACAGCUCUUGCUGAGUUAUCAGUGUUACGCCAGGCCAAGUGGAUCCAUGGACUUGCUAUAAGGACUUGUUUGGACAAAAGCAUGUUUGUUGUAACUGCCCUUGUUGACAUGUAUGCAAAAUGUGGAGCCGUUUCCACUGCAAGAAAGUUGUUUGACAUGAUGGAUGAUAAUAGGGAGGUAAUAAUAUGGAAUGCCAUGAUUGAUGGAUAUGGAACACACGGUUUCGGAAUGAAAGCUAUUGAAUUAUUUGAGGAAAUGCCCCAACGAUCCAUAAAGCCGAAUGACAUCACAUUCUUAUGUAUCAUCUCAGCUUGCAGCCACUCAGGUUUUGUAGAGAAGGGGAAGCACUACUUUAAAAUCAUGAAGGAAGAAUACGGGAUAAAACCCUUAAUGGACCAUUACGGUGCAAUGGUUGACCUUCUUGGUCGUGCCGGUCGACUUGAUGAGGCUUGGGAUUUCAUCAAUAAUAUUCCAGUCAAGCCCGAGGUCAAUGUCUUUGGGGCAAUGUUGGGUGCUUGCAAGAUCCACAAGAAUGUUGAGUUGGGCGAGAAGGUUGCAGACAAACUAUUUGAGUUAGAACCAGAUGAUGGUGGGUACUAUGUUCUGCUUGCUAAUAUAUACGCCUCGGCUUCAUUAUGGAAAAAAGUGGCCCAAGUAAGAAUUUUGAUGGAGAAGAAAGGGAUUCGGAAAGCACCUGGGUGUAGUUUGGUGGACUUGAGAAAUGAGGUUCACACUUUUUACUCUGGAAGUACUGCCCACCCACUAUCAAAACAAAUCUAUGCAUACCUUGAAACUCUGAUAGAGAGGAUUAAAGCUGCGGGGUAUAUACCCAAUACAGAUUCAUUUCAUGAUGUGGAAGAUGAUGUUCAGGAAAAGCUGGUCAGUACCCAUAGUGAGAAGCUGGCUAUUGCAUUCGCCCUUAUAAAUACCAGUCAUGGUACAACUAUUAAUAUCAGGAAGAACCUUCGGGUUUGUGGUGAUUGCCAUACUGCCACGAAAUUCAUUUCUCUUGUGACUCAAAGAGAAAUUGUUGUGCGCGAUAUGCACCGGUUCCACCACUUCAAAAAUGGAACCUGCUCUUGUGGAGAUUAUUGGUGAUCCCCAUGACAGGUCAGAUGAAGUCUCCGGCACACCUUGAGUAAACAGAUCAAGCUUAAAGGGUGUUGUUGAGGUUCAUUCUUUUAAUUUUCUGAUUUUGUGUUUCUCUUGUAAAUUGUAUGAAAUUAAGUGUUUUUAAUUCACAUUUUCGAAUCAGGAGUUUAGGACCGCGAUUUUGUAUGAAGAUAAGUGUUUUUGUACAUGAUUACAUCUCUGAAAUACUUAUUGUCAAUUGAAUAAUUGUCUACUGAAAUUUUCGUGUUUAAUCCCAAGGCACUCUUGCCAUAACUAUUUUAUGUGACAAAUAUGAAUAAAAUUUAAAUUAUAACUGUAUUUUUUAAUUAUAAAAUAUUAGCCUCAAAUAACUUUCUGAAUUUCUGAAAUUCUGUGUGGAUAAAUAUUUACAAAUUAUUAGCUUAAGUGAACUACAUAGAUAACUCUUUCAGCUUUUCUCUAUUUUCACUGGCAUAGCUUCCUUGUUCUUUGCUGUUCCUUUUAGUGUGGCACGAUCCAUUUUGGAAGCUUUUCCCCCCUCCUAAAAUGUGAUCAUAAUUGCAUCCAGAAGAAUAUUGUUGACUAAGGUCACUAUGCUCAGAAUCUGUCAUGUCCUUCUCCUCAUUUCGAUUGUCACCCAAGGAUAUCGAAUGCUAAGAUAUUAUUCAAAUUCAUCAUCAUCAUCAUCAUCACCCAGUGCCGCAAAGGCUCCCACCUACGAUGGGGUAAGGGGGCGUCGUAUGUACGCAAUCUUACCCCUAUACUAAAGCACAAAGAGACUGUUUCCGAAUAACCCAUAGUAAAAAUUGCGUCGAAAAUUUUAGUGAGCUGUUACUUCUUUGUUACUUCAUAAUAAAGAAGCGCAAACAGUUUAGUGAGCCAUUUUGCUCUAUUCCAUCAUAUUCCCAAGCCAACAAGUAGUGAGUCUUUGACUCCAUUGAAAAUGAUGGAAAUUAAGAUAUUAUUCAAAGUGUAAGAAAAAUUAGUAACAAAUAAGGAUUCAUGAGAGUACAUACACACUAACCUUAACAGUACAUGGGAGGUCCCUCUCCUUUUUUCCUUUGAAAUGAUGCCUUCAUCCAGUUUAAGCUUUAGAAUGUUAAAAGUAAAGUCACCUGUCUUCAUCGUUUUUCUGUUUAAUAAAAAAUGCCUAAAAACCCUCACGUGGACUACUCUUCAAGUAAUGAAAACAUUUCCAGAUUUUUGACAAAUUCAACUGCUUUUUUUCAAAAGGUUCCCGUAUGGAUUAUUCAAGAUUUUUUCUCGAUUUGUGCGUGUCAUCCUUGCGCAGGGGCCAUGCUAAUCUUCUCUGUAUCGUUCCAAUUUUAUCGGAUGUCCCCGAAGGGACGGAUUAUUCAAGGUUAAUGCUGCAUUUUCAGUACUGUCCCUUAUGUGAACCUUGACUUUGUAUGGAGCCAUUUAUAUAAGUAUUAAUACUAUAUUCAAUAUUGAUAAGUAAAUACAUGCUUGAAGAGUUGAAGUCAGGGGCAGAGCUAGAAAAACGACUCGAGGGGUCGAAAUUCAACUUUACAUAGAACGAAAACGGUAAAUUAUUUUUAGACAAUACUCAAAUUGAAUGUAGCUUCGAUAAAUGGUAUUUUAAAUGAAACUAAUAGAGUUAUAUAGUUGAUAUAUAUGUCAUGUAUAUUAUAAAUUGUUUUAUACAGGUUUAGUUGAUGGGUUUCCGCACCUGUGACAGCCUUGGAUGAGACACUUUGCCUUACCCUAGUACUCUAUAGUUCUCCUCUUACCCAGUUUAAUAUCAAGAUUUCUUACUAGAAAAGAGUUGGCUAUUGAGUAGCUAGGCACUCGUAGCAGUAAGAUAGAUUGUCUUUGCUUUGUCUCUUAGUCAUGUCACGUAAGUAACGAGAGAAUUAUACGCUAUUUUAGGAAUAUAAUUAAUAUAAUUCGAUAUUAUGAUAGAAUUAUAGUAAAUAAUUGUGACAGUGUAAAAAUAAGGGUUCCGGGCCAUUUAAGUCAUGAGUUGGGCCGGCCAUUUUGAUUUAGUAUAAGAAUGGGAGGGAGUAAAAGAAAAAGUAGGCAGACAUUGGAUUUGGAAUUAGGCUUGGGAGUGGGAGACUACUCGAAGUGUCUCAAUAGUAUCCGUUCUCUCUUUCUAUGUACGCCAUUGUAAUCCAGUUCAAGCUCUGAAAUCAUCAAUAAUAUUCUAAAUUUCUAAUUUUCUAAUGUGUUGUUGAGUUCUCAUCAUAUUACGCAUCAAAUUUUACUAAUUUUAAGUUUAAAUAGUGCUGAUUUUGCAGAAGUCAUAACUUCUUACUCGUAAUGAGUUACGGAAGCCAUAAUGUUUCAAACCAAAGAUAUUUCACAACUCUAUACCCUCAAACUUUCAGGGGGGUCGGCUGACCACCUUGACCCCCCGGCUCCGUCCCUGGUUGAAGUGUAGAACAUACUUUUAUAAAUUAAGAUGUAAAAUGUGUGUUCACAUAUUAUUAUUAUGAAAAUCCAUAUAUGUUCACAUAUAUUAAAAUGUGUGUUCACAUAUUAUCAUUAUGAUAACCCGGCUCCGUCCCUGGUUGAAUACAGAUCGAUUUGAACCUCUAAAAAGGUUCGCUUGAUGUGUUAUUGCACUUACUUUGCCAUAUCUAUUUUCAUUUCACAGUUAGCACACAUUAGAUUUCAUUCUAUUUUUAAGACAUCUAAGAGUUCGUGGCUUGUAUUGUUAUACAUACUGAAUUCUGGUCGUUCUUUGCUGGUUUUUCUUUCUGAAAUGUUUCUUUUCUUCCUUUGAACAAUUGAUAGUUGAUGCGACACAACACUCCAGAGAAAUUUUGUUAAGUACAUUACUCAACGAUCAGUCCAAAGGAAGAAGAAAACAGAUUACAAUGGAAAUAUCACUAAUUUGCCGCAAAAGAAAAUAACAAGCUGGAGACCAUUCGAGAGAGACCCUCUCUCCAACGAACUAGCCAAUUCCCAGAUACCCCUCUCUCCAGUACCGGACUCCCUUUUAUUCUCUUUUCCAGCUCAUCCUGACAUCACUUCAUUAAUUAGUCAAUUACCCUCUUGCCCCUUCGGUAGUAAACUUUAGAAAAAUCCUUGUUGGGAUUUAUUUUAAAUAGGCCCGUGCUCUCAUCAAUAGUUCCAUUUUGUAGGGUGUAGAAUAUAUACGGAACAUUGUUGAGAUGAAGCUUGACAAGCAAAUUAGGAGGGG